AUGUCUUCAAGGCAGUUGCGUGCCAUUCAGCCACUCCCCAUCCCACCACGAGACUCCGAAUCAGAACAAUCCGGGAAGAGAGGGAAGAACAACCAGGCCUGUAAUGAAUGUCGUCGUUCACGAACCAAGUGCGAUGGAGGUCGCCCCGUUUGCGCGACCUGUGUGUCCAAGAAACGCCGUUGUCGUUACGUUGGCAACCAAGGUGAAACAAGGAUAACGGCAAACAAGCAUCGCCUCGAACUUCUUGAGAGAGUCUUCAAUACGCUUCGGUCCGGCCCUUCUGAUCAGGCCGUUGAAGUCCUCGAUGCUAUCAGAUCGAGUGAUGACUUGAGUUCCAUACUCACUCGUCUCGCUGUCGAUGGCCCUGAUCACCAAACCCUGUCUACUUCCUCCCCGGCUGGCUCCUUGCAAAUUGACACACCAGUGUCUGAACCUGACAAGGCUGCUGUGUCACCUGCAUUAUUGUGCACCAACUCGUCACCUUCCUUGACAGCUGUGUCCGAUAUCCAACCUUCUGUCCCAAGCCCGUCAGAUGGGGUGGCUUCACGUCCACAUCCAGCAUCGCUCGGGGAAACCAAUGUCUCUGUGCUCGCGUCAUCGGGUGCAUAUCGAAUUACACUACCUGAUCCGAAGGAAGUAGACCGGGCUAUUCGUGGGUUUUUCAAAUGUAGUGGCAGACUGUUCCACGUCUUUUCCAAACCACAAAUUUCGGAGUUCUUCCAUUCUGUUUAUAAUCGUUCCGACGACCCGCUGAAUGCCUCUGACUCAACUUUAUGCUGUCUUAUGUCAGUUGCAGCCAUCGGUGCGCAAUACGAGCACGGCACUUAUGAAUUGAAAACAGAAGCGGCAUUCUAUAACAUCGCAAGACACUACUUCGACGAUAUAGUGCAGAGCCAGGGAUUGGAUGCCAUCAAAGUCUGCGCAUUGCUCGCGCUCUACAACAUCUUGGCCAAAGCUACCGUGGCCCUAUCAUACGUUGAAAUCGGUCUCAGUCUUUCACGACAAUUUAGCAUUACUAAUCCGGAACAAAAAUAUUCUGAGCUGUCACCCGCUACAUUUACGGAGAGCAAGCAUGCAUGGAGGACAUUGACAUUUAUGUCCAAUUGGCUCUCUUCCACCUUGGGCUACGUUUCCGGCAAUGAUAUAAUGCCUUACGAGACUCUACCAUUGGGACUUGCAUCCAGUUCUGCUGAUAUCAUUGAGAAUCUCACUCUACUGUCUGUAAAAUUCAUCCUCGAAGACCUGCAAGCAUGGUACGGGAGGAUGCCACCACAGAUAAGACUGGAUUAUCCAGGACGAGACACCUUUGCGCCCCUGACAAAGUGGAGCAUUUACCAUGUACAUCUUCUUUACCUUGGUGCCAAUAUUUUAUUAUAUCAACGCAUGUUAUCUCAGCACGUGGAAACGUACUACGUCAACCGGGAUCGAAGCGGCUUGUACCAGUCGAUGGAGAAACUCUUCAGUGACCAAGGCGAACAAGCCAUCUUAGCGGCAAAGGGCUCUGCUCGGAUAUUAUCUUUACUACUUCGGGAUUGUGGAGUUUUCAAGCGUUGCUGGCUUGUGAUUUUCCAGUCCUACACUUCAUGUUCGAUCAUCCUGCAUUCGGCCAUACAGAAGCUGAGCCACGGCUGGAAAGCAUCCACAUGGCAGGAUGACUUGCAAAAAGCCGGUCUCUGUCUUACAGUUCUCGAAUAUUGUAUGUCCUCAGAUUCUACUGCGCUUGGAUUUUAUAAGGAAUUGAAGGAUGUCUAUGAUUAUAUCGACAAGCAGCCACAGGACUGCCCUCUUGGUACACAAGACCCAUCAUUUCAGCAACCACUCAGCGAAGCCAGUACCGUUGAUGAUACUAUCGAUGGGCAGCCGUUCCGCACCGAUAUUGGAUCGUUGCAGAAUGAUUCCUCUUAUCUAAUCACCAUUCCACCCAACGCAGAACCCGAACACAAAGAGCGAUCCUAUCGUAUACUCGUUAAGCUUUGCCAGCCAUUCGGUGAUCCAAACCAUCAGGGACUUGACAUUUCGGACGUUAAACAACAACGGCGGGAUGAGCCUACGCGAGGCUUGCACACAUUGAUGAUGGCGAAACUCGACUGGGACUUGGAAGCACGCCAGCCAUUUCAUAUGGGUCUUGGUAAAGCGUCUAGGUACUCCACCUCCCUCAACUCGUCUGAGCUGCCACCUUCCGUUAUGGCCAAGCCAGAUCAAGUGACUCUGCCCGGUCCAGGAAAUAAUUUUAGCAGUCGUUUCCUUGGUAGCAUGGAGCCUUUGGGCUGGGCACGCUUGGAGGGGAUUAGUUAUGUCGGUAAUGUUACGGUCAAGCAAACGGAUAUAGCCAUUGAUAGAAUGGUUGUGGAUUAG